AUGUCCAGCAGCUCUGGAAGCCGUAAGAUGCCUGGCUCCGAGGGUCACCCCCGGCCGCCCCGGGCCAAACACACCGCCCAUUCAUACGUGAGGAGGCCGCGGCUGGAAAACCUCGACGAGGAUAGCUCAUUGUCCUCCAACUGUUUUUCAAAAAGUAAAAGUCGGGCCGUGCCCCGUGAGACCAGUCGGCGCUCCAAGCCCCAGUGUCCGCGUCACCCCGUGGAGGCCAGUCGCAGCUCCUCGAGCUCAGUAUCUGGCCCCUGCUACCGACAGACUCGCAGAUGCGGUGAGACCAUGCGGAAGAAAAGCUACCUGGACAGAGAGGAUUCGGACUCCGAGGAGCAGAGAUGGAGCUAUGUGCCAACCACGGAUUCAUCGGAGCUGUCGUAUGCAGGCACCAGCUCGUCCUGCUGUACGGACUAUAGUUCCUACAUCUCCUUCGCAUCCAGACUGAGUUCGCCUUCCGAUGUCUCAUCAUACCAGACUCCGAGACGGCCCCAAGUCCUUGCUGAAUCUUCCGUGAGAAGAGUCAGUCCCACCCGCCGGAUGGAAAUGUUACGGGAGAGUUACGAUGCACUGAAAAGGGAGAAUGGCGAACUCAGGAGAAAGCUAGUCGCGGUGCAGACCUUCUCGGACAUGCAGACAGAAAUGGUGAGGCAGCUGGAGAGUAAAAUGCAGAGGAGGGUAGCCAAGGAAAACCUCGAGUGCGGUGAUCUGGAAUUGGUGCGUCAAGACGCCCAAGAGAAACUGACGGUGAUGUUGAAGCGGACCUUGAUUGCCGAGCGCAAGGUGCUGAAGCUGAAGGAGCACCUCCGAGCUCUAGAAAUCGAGAUGAUCUACUUCCAACGUGAGAAGGAACUUCUCCAACACAGAGCCACACCGGAAGUCCUGAAGAACAACGCCGGGACCGUCCUGCAGAACAUCGAUCUGGUGAGAGACAGCAUUAAGGGUUCCCUGAAGCAUCUGGUCUACGGAGCCGAUGCUUUAAAGCUUGUUGUUGAAAUCCUUAAAUCCGUAGACCAGAUUGCUGACAGCCAGGAGGAGGAGGGACAAUAA